CAGCUUAUUUUAAAGAGUUUCAGAAAUGGCCAUGCAUGGGUCGUAUUUUGAAUUUUCAUACCAUGUUGAAAACUUGUUAUUUAAAGGACUUGGUUCUUCAACGGUGGGAGGAUUUGUUGGAUUAUGUGUUGGUGUUGCGAUUUUCACUGUCUUUUAUGAAUCAGUGAAACUUCUUCGACACUAUCUUACUCAAAGAUUAAGGAGAAGCUCGUCUGAGAGUGCCACCGUGAGCCGAUGUAGUAGUCGUGAAUCUGAAGCUAACAAAUCGGAAGAUGCCCCACUUGUACAUAGACGGUUUUUUGAUGUUCUAACCUCUCUUUGGUUGAGGUACCAUCUGAUACAGACUGUUCUACACAUGGUGCAGGUUGUAAUGGGCUACAUGGUAAUGCUGGUGAUCAUGAGUUUCAACAUUUGGCUUUGCCUAUCCGUUCUUAUAGCUUCAUUUCUCAGCUACCACUUGUUUAGUGUAUACAUCUUCAACCAACCUCUCUUGGUACCGGUUGAAGUGGUAAAUAAAUGUUCAGAGUGAUUCCAUCUGGUUGCUUGGGUAGAAACGUGUUGGACUCUGUGAACGAUUACUAGUAGCUAGUAACUGUACUCCACCGUAACAGAUGUGAGAGUCACAUGUUGAUUUAUUUACUGUAGCUCAAGGUUUUUGUGUUGUACGUUACGUCAUUGUAAACCUUAUUAACUGGAUAAUAUUGAUGAAAUAUUGUUAUUAGAGACUGCAGUAUAUAUAUAUAUAUAU